AUGAACCGGCCCCAGCCCGGGGAUCAGGAGAAGGAACGGUUGUUUUUAGUCAGACAGAGUCUGACACUCCCUCUCGUCCGCAAGAGAGAUCGAUCAAGAUCGCAUCCGGGCGCGCGGGCGCGGCUCUCCGCAGAGUUAUUCCCAGAGCGCGGCGCGCGGCGAGGGCGGGGGCGAGCGGGCGCCGUGCUCAGUGUGUCGGCGCGCGCCGCCGCCGCCAUGGGCAACCAGCACUCCGCCUCACACUACGUCCACAAGCCCAGCAAGAACGUGCGCUGGAAGACCGCAGGACGACCUGCAACGCCAGGGAAGCCGGAUAUAAUACCGAUACUGUCGCCGGAUGAGGAGCCAAACUCGAUUACGCUGCGCUGGGCGCCGGCGGCACACGAUGGAGGCGCGCCGUUGCUCGGAUACCAGGUGGAGUGCAACAGGCUCGGGGCCCCGGACUGGAUCCGGACAGCGCCACCGGUAGUGCUGCGCCCCGAGCUCGUGCUGACCGGGCUCGAGCCUCCUCACCGGUACCAAUUCCGUGUUGCAGCGCUCAAUGCAGUCGGGCGCUCUGAUUACAGCGACAUCUCCGACGUGCUCACGGUCAGCUCUGACCGCCUUCCUCAUGAGCCGCCAAUAUUUCUACAACAUCUGGAAGAUUUGACCGUACUAGAAAACGAAAAAACAGAAUUCCGUGUCGCUUUCACGGGUAUGCCACCGCCUACAAUAGCGUGGUUCAAGGAUGAUUAUGAAAUAUUUAGCAGCAGAAGGACGGCGAUCACUACAAGCGAAUCUACCAGUGUUCUGGUUUUCCAUCAAACAUUACCGAGCGACGAAGGAGAAAUUAAAUGCACAGCAACAAACCGUAGCGGACACGCAGUCACCAAAGCUCGAUUGUGCCUAGAAGCUGCUCCGAAGUUACGCUACCCUCGUCAAUACGAGGACGGCUUGUUAUACGAAAUUAACGAAACCGUUUUUCUAAAAACUACGAUAGUUGGAAAACCGACACCAACUGUGGAAUGGCGACACGAUGGCCAACCUAUAGUGGUAGACGACCGCGUGGAGAUUUCGAAUACUUCGAAAUUUUCAGUUCUCAAGAUUCACUCGGCACGAAGAAGCGACCGUGGGGAAUAUCAAAUUCACGCUAAAAACAGAAUCGGAGAAGACACUGCUGCCUUUCUAGUGACGAUCACGGCUCCACCAGACCCUCCGCAGCAUGUCUCCGUGGCAAGACAGGUAGACAAGUCCGUCACUCUCGAUUGGGAGCCACCCGAGGACGACGGUGGCUGUCGCAUCGGCAACUACGUAGUAGAGUAUUACAGGAACGGCUGGAACGUGUGGCUGAAGGCAACCACCAGCCGCAAAACAAACGUAACUUUGUUUGACCUCAUCGAAGGAAGUGAAUACCGUUUCCGUGUAAAAGCAGAAAGUCCGUAUGGAAUGAGCGCGCCUAGUGUGGAGUCGGCGCCGGUGAAAAUACCUGGGCGACCAGUGGACAUGGAAUUCCUGGCAGUAGAAUCGAAGAUAAUAAACCAAGUGCUUACUCGGGAAGAUGGCGGCGGCGAUGCGCGCGUGUCUCCAGUGCCGCGCCGCAAGCGCGCACAAACCGCGCCAGCGGAGCCGCAGCCGCCACAGCGGGUGCCGCGGCGCUCGCCGGCCAGGAACCAAUCCGGCGGCAGCAACGAAUUCAUGCUGGUACUCUACCCGGAUUCACAGAAACAGAUGGAAACAUCCGAAAAAAGACAAUCCAUUCAGCUGGAUCUUGAUGCGCUGUCACCGCCUCCGCUGUCGUUCUCCGCUCCGGAGCUGAGCUCACGAUGCAUGAUGCCGUUCAAAUCACUUCGCAACGCUGUAAGCUCGUCACAACUGCUACAUGAAUUAGCUAUGGCUCGUGUUCACAAAGCUGUGGCGAUGAAAGAAGAACAAACUAAAAACAAAGACGACAAACCCAAAACUGACAUUCCGUAUAAUACUAGCUAUGAUCACGAAAAAGAUAAAUAUAAUCGGGAUUUGCCAAAAUCGCUCGAAGACUUCUCUGAAACAAAAUCAAAGAAUCCAGAAAUAAUAAUUAAAUUGGAAUCUGUUGACUCCACUGACAACACCAAUAGCCCACGUCAAGUAUCUCUGGAUUCAGAAAUAUCCGAAAAUAAAUGGCAACACAUGUCUUUUGAAGAAGACUAUACUGCUAGCACCGUAUCCUCCGACGGAGAGUAUUCAGAAGAAGGAAGUCUUGAUGGUGAUAUAGACAGACGAAGCCAAUAUUCUAACGAAGAGGAAACAUAUAACCCAAGAGACAAAAUGGCCCGUCCCUCCCCUUCCAAAGAGUAUAUUGAAGAAGAGGAAGAAGAAAUUUCUGAGCACGAACCUGUGAAACUUUUGCCUUUGCCUGACCCUAAUUUUGUACCAAAGCCUAUAUUAAAAAAGAGAGAGCCAGAAAUAAUAGAAAAGAAAUCAGUUCCUGAGCUUCCAAAGAUAGAAGACAAAUUAACAGUAAUAGAUAAACCUAAAAUAACGGAAAAACCCAAAUUGGUAGAAAAAUUUAAGAACACAGAAAAAAAUAAAUCAGAAACUAAAAUAAAACCUGUAAAAGCACCAAAAGAAAAAGAAAAACCAAAGCGGGAUGAAAAAAUUACAAUAUUUAAGAAAAUUACUACGACAAAAUUUCCCAAACUACUUCACAAAAAAGAACCAGAGAAACCUAAAGAAGAAACCAUACCCAAUGACAAAGGCAAAACUAAUAGCAAAACUGAAAAAACACUAGAUAAAGUGAGUGAAGAAGGAAGGACAGUAAUUGAUUAUUAUGGUAGUAUAGUUAAGGAAUAUGGUAGCCAUAAGAAAUCGGCCACUCCCAUGUACCUUAAAACAGAAGACUUAAAAGCAGUGGCUGAAAAACAGCAGCUUGAAACCCAACCUGACGAUGACGAAGUAAAUAAAAUAACGAAACCAAAGAAAUUCAUUAAUAAGACAAAUAACAAUAAAGUUGUGAAGGGAAAGCCUGCCGCUUCUAAUAAUAGCAAUAAGUCAGUGAAGACAAAAGUGAUGCCUAACGUAGAGAAAAAACAAACGGAAAAGAAACCAAAAACCACAGUUUCCUCUGCGGCAGAAAGCAAUAUGCAGACAACAACACAACAAGUAGUACUAAGGAAAGCAGAACGAGCCACUAUUGUAAUACCGAUAAACUACCAAGAGCUCGAAAAGAAAGCUAAGAUGAACGUGAGGUCAGCCAUUGAUUACACAGUGGACGUUUGCCUCCUUCUACUAGCUUUUUGGGUGUACUUCUUCAAAGACGAGAGGCUGGCCAUUCCUUUCCUCAUUCUAAUAAUAUAUCGUCAGUUACAAGAAACACUCUUGAUGAAUAUUCCUGAGUGGUAUGAACGUCACACUCCCAACUGGCUCAAGAAGAAGACUUCUUGACCUCUCCCAAAAGACAUGUUGUGCGCUAAUCUGAUUGUGAGCAAUGUAUGAUGUGUGAUAAUGUAAACAUAUUGUUUUAUUAAUAAUUAAAUUUACAUAUUACUUCUAAUAUACUUACUAUAAUUAAAUUUUAAUAAAAACUCAUACUAAAAAGUAAGUUACCAAAAACUAGUUGGCAAUGAUUUCACAAAAUAUUUAAACAAAAUUAUUGAAAAAUUUUUUUUACAAAAUUAAAAUGUAUGUACGAUUAAGUAUCAGGUUUCCAAAAUGUGUUCGUCUAAUAUCUCAGUUUAAAAUAUCGACAACAGACUGCGUGCCGCCAAUACCACUGCGAAAAUUGAGGUCCAGUGAAACAUGUAACCGAAAAAGUAAAGGGCUUGUCUUAGGUGUAUAUUUCAAUGAAAAUGUCAUGACAAAUCCUGCAAUACUAACUGCAAGCGGACAGAAAUACGACAAAGAAGUUUCUGGGAGGUUGUGGUCCAUGUUAAACCUCUCUCCCAUUCCAAAACUUGGCGAGACCAGAGUGUUUUACGACUUGGACCCAAACUAUACAUAUGUAGCAGUCGCUGGUCUUGGAAAUGAAUGUACCACUUACAACAAACUAGAAAAACUGGAUGAAACUAAAGAAGCUAUAAGAAUAGCGGCUGGAACUGGCGCUAUGGCGAUCCAUAAGUUGAAUCCUAAAGAAAUAGACGUAGAGUCUUUUGGAAAUGCCGAAGCCGCUGCUGAAGGGGCAGCGCUCGCAGUCUGGCAAUUCAACGAAUAUAAAACUACUGCUACAGAUAAAGCCGCCGUACCGAAACCAAUACUAAACCUUUACGACGAUUGUGACAUAGACGGAUGGAAAAUCGGAAAGUUGAAAGCAGAAGCCCAAAACCUAGCAAGAUACUUACAAGAAAUGCCCGCCAAUAUCUUAAAUCCUACCAAAUUUGCUAAAAUAGCUGUUGAUCUUUUAUGUGACUUGAAUAUAAAUGUAGAAGUAAAAACGAAGGGGUGGGCAGCUAAUUACGGAAUGGGUGGCUUUGAAUCAGUUGGGAAGUCUUCAAUACAAACUCCGCUGUAUUUAGAAAUCAGCUACUACGGGGCUAACGAACGCACUCGUCCCGUGGUUCUGAUCGGCAAAGGUGUUACGUUUGACAGUGGAAGCUUAGACUUGAAAUCAUGUGAAGACUUAAGGUACAUGAAAGGUGACAUGGCUGGAGCAGCUUGCGUCUUGGCCAUCACUAGAGCUGCCGCGAAAUUGAAACUCCCCGUUAACAUCAAAAGUUUUCUGCCGCUCUGCGAGUUAAUGCCCAGCGGAAGAAGUCCGAAAUUUGGCGAUGUCAUCCGUAGUUCUCUCAAUAAGUCUAUUCAUGUAAGAAUGCCAUCUCGGGAGGGACGUUUGCUCAUUGCCGACAGUUUGCUAUAUGCUCGAAAUCUCUGGCCCAAGUUUAUUAUAGAUAUAGGCACAAUGUCCAAAGAACUAUUAUUCUACCUAGGUGGAUCAGCAAGCGCCUGUUACUCAAACUCUGACGACUUAUACCAUUUCCUGGAAAUCGCCAGUGCUCAGACUGGGGACAGAAUCUGGAGAAUGCCGCUGUGGAAGUUUUAUGAGAGCCGAGUGAAGAAUUGCGACAUUGCAGACAUAGCAAACACAGGACGCGAGAAGUACGGGGAUUCUGCAAACUGUGCUGCUUUCCUGAGGCAGUUCGUGCUGGACAGCCAGUGGGCACACAUCGACACAUACAACGUGGCUUACACGAAGGGAGCCGACUUUCCGUACCUACCGCGUGGCAUGACCGGUCGACCUACCAGGACCGUCAUUGAACUCUUACACCAAAUGAUAGCAGCCUCUAAAUUAUAAUACGAGUAUUAUUCGCUUGUAGAUAACAGUUUGUGUAGUCAUUCGUGCGCUAUAGGUACUUCUUGAUUUUUAUCAUAUUUGGCAAAUAAUAAACCCCUUAACAUAUAAUGGUUUAAUUUUAAUUUUACAAACUCGUAAACAACAAAAACAAUGUUUACAAAAACAAAACAAGUAACCGCACCACUGGAUGAUAAUGAUUGCGCAUUGUUACGCCGUGAUGUAAAAUGUAUGAAGAGGCAUCAUGAAUGAUCACGCAGAGCGUGGCUGCGCGCGCAUCGCACGAACUCGGCGACGAGGUGUGAGCAGUGGAGCGGCUGAUGCGCAUGCGCGAGGUAGCAGCACUCGAGCGCGCCUCGCAGCUCGCCGCAGGGCGUCACGGGCACCGCGACCUCGCCGCUCAGCGCGUCCACCAUGCGCUCGAGGGCCGCGCGGCAUUCACUCAUCUCCUCGUAGCCCGCUUUCACAAUCGCACUAAUUUCCUGUACGAGAUCAUCAUCAGAACUCGCACCACUCGCUCGCAUAAGUACUUCCUUGGAAACUUUAACUUUAGGAUCCUUUUCAUGGCAGCUACAUUGGAUAACGUUUAAUAAUUUACCAAUUUGGUGAUUAAAUAAAGAAAAUAAAUACGAAAAUGACGGAA